UGGGAUAAGUGGACGUGACACGAAUUCGAAAGACUGUGAACCGUUUAGUGUACCAGCAAACCAAGACAUGCUCAAUAAGGAUCUGACACACGUAAGCAGCUGCAAAUCUAUAGAAUCGGCAACGAGGACCUGUCUUUCUCCCGUAUAUGAAGAAACUCCAGAUGGUUCCAGAAUAUGUAGUGGCUCCGAAUCAAUACCAAAUGUGUACUCAUGUUAUCGAUCAUCUAUCGUUAUUGGUCUCUUGAUGUUAUUGGCGGUGUAUAUUUCCAGCUACAACAAUUAAUAUACUC